UGACAUCGGCCAACUGCGAACCACAUCCGAGACAUAAUCUGUGUCUUGCGUGGUCGUGCUCUUCCUUUCGCCGGGCCUCAGCGAUCCCAAAUGUACUGUCAUCACCAUCAGACGCCACAAUGAUACCCGGAUCUCGCUGAUCUCCUGCACCGACCACUAUGCCUCCACCUGGCUUCUCCGAAAUCCAGAAGCCACUCCCUGGUCGAGACUCCCUUGAACUUGCUUCGCUGGCCGACUCUGAACAAGAUGAUCUGCCCACAUCUGAGACGUCCUCGAGAUCCGGCAUAUCCUCCUCUCGGAGACUGUCCCUCGAGAACGAAGACCCCUUAGACAGCGCAAACCCUGCCGCACGCGAUGCCCUCCGAGGCGGACGCUCAUACUCGGUAUCCUCGGCCUUCGACUUCACACCUGCGCUAUUCCCCCUCUCGUCGACCGCUGGAGGAUACACUGCGUUGGGCAAUCCAUCAGCUGCCUCGCUGUCGAUAGACAGACGCGGAACACUGCAGAACCUGGAGAAGAACAAGACCUUGACAUACCUGAAUGGCUUAUCCCUGGUGGUCGGCUUGAUCAUAGGCUCGGGCAUAUUCUCUUCACCAGCGCAGGUCAACUCUCAUGCAGGCUCACCGGGUGCAUCACUGAUUGUCUGGACAAUAUCGGGCCUGCUGGCGUGGACGGGAGCUUCCUCAUACGCCGAGUUAGGAGGCGCCAUUCCCCUUAAUGGCGGAGCUCAGGUAUACCUAGCAAAAAUAUUUGGCGAAGUCUUCGGCUUUCUCUUCACAUGGUCAGCCAUCCUGGUCCUGAAACCGGGCGGCGCCGCAAUCAUCGCCAUCAUACUAGGCGAAUAUGUGGUACGAGCCGCCAUUGGGGCUGAUGUGGAAGACGUCAAUCCCUGGAUCAACAAGUUCCCCGCGUUGCUGGCCCUAAUGAUCGUCACGCUCUUCAAUUGCGUUUCCACGCGCUUUGCAGCUCGCUUGGGUGAUCUAUUCAUGUUUCUCAAAUUCAUCGCCCUAGCUGCGGUCACGAUCAUCGGAAUCAUCGUCGCCGUCACCGGCCUUUCCUUCAACGGCCCAGCCAAUACAGACUGGCGUACACGCCAUUGGUUCGAAGGCACAUCGACCGACAUCUCCAACUGGGCCGUGGCCCUCUAUGCUGGCCUCUGGGCCUUUGACGGCUGGGACAAUACAAACUACGUGACUGGGGAGUUCAAGAAUCCGAGCCGUGAUCUCCCCCGCGUUUUACACACCGCCAUGCCAGCCGUAAUAGUCUGCUACCUUCUAGCCAACAUAUCGUACAUCUUCGUUCUCCCUCUCGAAACUAUCAACAAAUCCAACACUGUUGCCGUGCAAUUCGGUAGCAAAGUCUUUGGUCCGAUCGGUGGCCUGAUCCUCGCGCUCAUCGUGGGCGCAUCAUGCUUCGGCGCCCUGAACGCCACGACCUUCACAUCCGGCCGGCUCGUGUACGUCGCAGGACGCGAGGGCUACAUACCGUCCGUCUUCGGCAAGAUCGGAUUCGGCUUUUCGUCCUCAUCCUCGCCCGAGACGCCCAUGCCGCUCAACAAAUUGCGCAAGCGCUCGUGGUUCAGCAAGACGCUCGCCCGCCUCUUUGGCGACGAGUCGAUCGGCUUGGGCUAUACGCCCGUCAACGCCAUGCUGCUCAACAUGGUCCUGUGCAUGGUGUACAUCUGCCUAGGCGAGUUCAACACGCUGAUCACCUUCUACGGAGUGGCCGGGUAUACCUUCUACUUCCUCACAGUGCUAGGCUUGAUCGUUCUACGCAUUCGCGAGCCCCAUCUCGAGAGGCCGUACCGCACGUGGAUCACCACACCUAUCAUCUUCUGCUGCGUGAGCUUGUUCCUGGUCAGCCGCGCCGUGAUUGCGCAGCCACUUCAGACGGUCAUCGUCAUGGCGUUUGUGGCUAGCGGUGUGCCUGUCUACUACUGGCGUGUGGCAGGCAGGGACGAGUCAGGCGGUUCGGGGAAAAGGCAGCGAAGAUUUUGGAGGAGGUGGGGGAGGUCCUAAUAUUACUGUAUACUUCACACGGUUCCUGCGUCCUUGGAAUGACAAGAGCGUGUAGUUGGACUAGAUUCUUCGGCGUGUAUGUGGUCUGGCAGUACGGAGUACCGUACAAAUAUAUAGCCUUCUGUGCUUGCCAUCAAUCUAUCCUGCACGGCACUCAUCUCCAUGUCGCACCGUCAUAGCAUGGCCUUGUCCAUCUCCAUGUAUCAUCCCAGCCCCGUCUCGACGGACUGAAGCGACACUGAACACGUUCUUUUCGCCUCAAAUGCAUGGCACACCCCAUGCUGAAAGCGCAAAGCUUAUAGGCUCUCGUACUGCAUGCAGUCUCGUAUCAUUACGACUCGAACGUUACGCCCCAAAAUCCAG